CGUUCUCCUCAUGCUGAACGCAAGCAUGGCGACGAAAGUUAAGCACCGUAAGAAGUCCAAAGCUAGCAGUAAAGUCACAUUUCACCCCGCAGAAGACGACGUGGAGGCCGAAAGCAUCGGCGGGGAGGAAGAUGGAGACCCGGCGGCGGACGAAGGUGAAGACCGAGGGAAGAAGAAACAAGAAGAAGAAGAAGAAGAGUUCAACCUGGACGAGGUUUUACGGCUCGGAGGAACGCAGGCCGACUACGCGAUGCUCGCCGCCAUGAACGACUGCAACGAGAUCGUUGACGGAGGAAAGAAAGGAGCGAUCGACGACCUGGAGGAGGGCGAGCUGGAGAAGUUCAUCGCCAAACUGGGCCUCCGGGCGUUCGCCGGACUGCAGUCCAUCCCAGACGAGCCCGAGGGGGGCGGUGAAAAGGCCGAGGCGACGAAAGCAGGGGAGGAAAACAACGCUCGGGGGAAGGUAAACGAGGAGGAGAAACCGAAGGAGAAGCCGAAGAAGACUAAAGACGCGCAGAAGAAGAAGCAGAACGUGAACGUGUUCGAGUUCCAGCGGAGGUCGGUGCUGCUGAUCAAACCCGGAGGGAAGUGGUUCGACCUGGAGUACGCCGCCGAGGGCACGGCCGCCGAGCAGGACGCCUCGCUGGUGUCCCAGUACAAGGCGCUCGCCCAGCAGCUGUUCGAGGCCGACGUGGCGCUCUACAAGAGCAAGAAGAUCCUGCAGAAAGGGGCCAACUCCAACUGGAUGAAGACGGUCGUCUCCUCCGGCGUGCUGGCGGACAGGAUGGCGGCCAUGACGGUGCUCAUCCAGGACGCGCCGGUGCACACGCUGGAGCACGUGGAGAACCUGGUGGGCAUGGUGAAGAAGAAGGGCAGCCGGCGGAUGGGCCUGAUGGCGCUGGACACGCUGCGCGAGCUGCUGCUGCCGGAGGGCAGGAAGCUCCGCCCCUUUGCCCAGCACCCGUUCGACCUGCUGGAGGAGAAGGCCAGCGGCAACCGGGACUCCCGCGACCGCCGCCUCGUCCUCUGGUACUUCGAGCACCACCUGAGGCACCACGUGGCGGAGUUCGUGGCGGCGCUGGACACGGUGGCCCACGACACGGUGGCGGCCACCAAGGCGAAGGCGCUGACCACCGCGCACGAGCUGCUGUGCAGCCACCUGGAGCAGGAGCGGGCGCUGCUCGGCCAGGUGGUCAACAAGCUGGGCGACCCCGAGUAAAAGACGGCCGCCAAGGCGUCCCACCUGCUGGAGUCGCUGCUGCACAAGCACCCCAACAUGAAGGUGGUGGUGUGCUGCGAGGUGGAGCGCCUCAUGUUCCGGCCCAACAUCUGCGCCAAGGCGCAGUACUACGCCGUCUGCUUCCUCAGCCAGGUGAUGCUGAGCCACGACGAGGCCGCGCUCGCCGCCAAGCUCAUCGCCAUCUACUUCUCCUUCUUCCGCGCCUGCGUCAAGAAGAAGGACGUGGAGUCGAAGAUGCUGAGCGGGCUGCUGUCGGGCGUGAACCGGGCGUAUCCCUACGCCGGCGGCGCCGACGACAAGGUGCGGGAGCAGCUGGACACGCUGUUCAAGGUGGUGCACCUGGUGAGGUUCAACACGGCCGUGCAGGCGCUCAUGCUGCUCUUCCAGGUGAUGAACUCCCAGCAGAGCGUCUCCGACCGGUACUACGUGGCUCUGUACAGGAAGCUGCUGGACCCCGGUUUGUCGUCGUCCUCCCGUCAGAGCAUGUUCCUCAACCUGCUCUACAAAUCCCUGAAGGCCGACAUCGUGCUGCGGCGCGUCAAAGCCUUCGUGAAGCGGCUGCUGCAGGUCAGCGGCGAGCAGAGCGCCAGCUUCACCUGCGGGGCGCUGUUCCUGGUGUCAGAGGUUAUGACUCUUCUAGAGCUUCUCCCUUACUACACGUGAACACUUUCAUCAUUUUACGCCCGAUCGCCUUGAACAUCUUGGCGGCGAGUUUCAGCAUCUGGUCCAGCCUGCUGGGGGGAGUGAUGUGCUGCUUCAUCAGUGAAGGAGACAUGGAUGUGAGAAAGGAUUGGAACUCUUUGGCGUAAUCAGAUGUUUCAAACCGGAUCACCCGGAGAAAACCCUAAACGUUACGCGUUAGCUACCGACCUAGUCCUAUAGAUUCAACAUCUGGUGAGUCCUCUUCUUGGUUCUCUGAUUCAUCAGAGGGUUCUGCUUUUACUAAAUCCGCUGGUUCUAGUUCUGGUUCCUGUUCUGUUUUUUUUUUGUGGAGAUGUUGUUGGUUCAUCUGACUCCUCUAGAGCUUCUCCCUGGAUCAACCAGAGUUAACCCUAAACG